CAAGGAGAAAGUAUGAAAGAAAGUUCGGAAAACAGCAGCUCCUGCACAGGCGGAGAUGCAACAACUGAAGUUUUGUCCUUCAAAGAUGCCAUGGAAAUUGCAAAUAGCAAAAUAAAUUCGUUAUUAUGCGAUGAUCCCCUGCUGAACAAUCUGCACCCAGAGGUCACUACCGAGGAACUCAAGUCAUAUCUUGCGUUGGAACACGGACAGGCAAUCUCGAUUACCAUCCACAGGGCAGAUAACGACAGUUACACCGUUGUAGUGGAGCAGACAGCUACGGUGAUGGACUUGAAGAAGGCCAUACAACGACAUGUCACACUAAGGAUGGCAAGGAGAAAGAUAAAGAGGAAAAUAAGCUGGAGAUAUGUAUGGAAGACGUAUUGCCUCGGCUUUGAAGGACAGAAACUGACAGAGGACAAGACGGUACUCAGAGAAGCUGGAGUGAGAAAUGGCAGUUCUCUUUCGUUUAUAAAAAAGUUGCAGAAGAGGUAGCGUGUGCAGUUGCUGUGCUGAAUAAACUGCACUGUGGAACUUUUAAUCAUGAAGAUGCAGAAAGCUCAGACGUAGCAUUCCUCGUGCAAGAACA